CGGAGCGGCGGUGGCGCGGCGGCGCGGUAGUUCGCGCGUCUGGAGUCUGGUAUCGCGGCGUCCGCGUACGCCAGACUCAGGUUAGCCAUUAGAAUUUUAAACCUCAUCCCCAGUGACAGCCAUGUCUGGCCCUUAUCUUGGCAACUCAGGGCUACUGUGGUUUGCUUGUCAGACUUUGGUAUUCUCAAUUGGAAGGAAGGACUUUAAACUUUAGAAAAAGCAAAAAUUGAGCAAAGUCAAUUUCAUAGCCUUGUUGUUUCUGUCACAAGAGAAAAAUGGAACUUGUGCUGCUCACAAGCAGGAUAUCAACAUUACUAACUUGCUGCCUCCAGGGGAAAACUCCUUUGGUUCCUUGGCUUUUUAGCAGGGCAGUUAUGUGAAUUGGUGUCCCUAAACUGUGAAUUCAGCUUUGAGAAGCCAGCUCUUUCAUCCUGAAUUGACAGUGGGCAGGGCUUUGGCCUUCUGCACUUCCCCAUCAAACUGAGGAUCCAUACUGCUAAGAAGUCUGUCAGGUGGUGUGGGAUAUGAAUGCAGCAGCCACCAGUGAUGCCAGGCAAAAGGCAAAAGGUGCCACUUAAGCUGGCACGAAAAAGAAUUUAAUGUGGAUAGACUGAACAGUCUUCAUAGAUAUUCUUUCAAAUUAGAAUUUGGCUAUAUCUGAUGCUGGGAAGCUAUCCUUUCAGCCACAAAGAUGGUAAUAAAUCUUUGCCUCCCACAGUUCAGACCGAGAAUUUACUGCAACAAGAUAUCAGCUGAUGGUUACGAAGUUGAAAAUCUCAUCUCAGAAGAUCUCACAAAGAGAAGUCGUGGUUUUAGGACAGAGUACUUCAUUAAGCCGCCUGUCUAUGUGACAGUUUCCUUUCCUUUCAACGUGGAAAUCUCUAAGAUUAACAUAGAUCUUACAGCUGGGGUGGGCCAGAAUGUCACUGGCCUGGAAAUGUACACAUCUGCCUCAUCCAGCAGGGCAUCCUGGAAUAUCUCUGAGUGUCCAGGCCCAGCUGAGCCGUCCAUCCCAGACAAGGAGGCCUUCACCUUGGUAGGCAAAGUUUUGUUGAAAAAUCAGAGCCAAGUGGUAUUCAGCCACAGGGGCUUCAAGGCCAGGCCACCUUUUGGUCCAUUGGAAGCCACCCUCCCCUCCCCUGCUGUUGUGACCCAAGAACUCUGGAAUAAAGGGGCUCUUUCCCUUAGCUUCGUGGCCCAUCUCAAGAUAUGUAUCACCCACGUGACAGGCAGUGGUAUCCCUUGCAUCAGGCGGUUGGAAGUGUGGGGUCAGCCGGCCAAAACCUGCUCUCAGGAGGUGAUAGACAGUGUCCUGCUCGUUGCCUCAGAGAGCCUCCCUCAGGACUUAGCUCUGCAGGCCCCAGCCUUGCCCAUGGAGAGCGACUGUGAUUCAGGGGGCCAGUCAGAGGACCAGCAGGACCCUUCCAGCUUACACAAGCUGACUGAGGUAAUUCAGGAUGUACCUGAGGAGUUCCUGGACCCUAUCACCCUGGAGAUCAUGCCUUGCCCCAUGCUGCUGCCUUCAGGCAAGGUCAUCGACCAGAGCACACUAGAGAAGUGUAAUCGCAGUGAAGCCACUUGGGGCCGAGUGCCCAGUGACCCUUUCACAGGGGUGGCCUUUACUCCACACUCUCAGCCCCUGCCUCACCCCUCCCUGAAGGCCCGGAUUGACCACUUCCUGUUGCAGCACUCCAUCCCUGGCUGCCAUCUGCUUGGGAGAACACAGACUGCACUGGCAGUGACUCCUUCUGCCAUUGUUCUGCCUUCUCGGAAAAGGAAGAUGGAGCAGGCUGAGCAUGCCCCAGAAAGUAGCCUCGGUAUAAAUGCUUCCUGUUUUUCUACAAGCCUUCUGGUCUCACCCACUACCUCAGAGCACACUGCUAAGAAAACAAAAACUGCCAGUGAUCUGGGUCUGACACACAUGGACUGCUCAGCAGGCCCAGUGUCCCAUGAGCAGAAGCUGUCACAAAGCUUAGAAAUUGCCUUGACGUCGACCCUCGGUUCCAUGCCCUCCUUCACAGCUCGGCUAACCAGGGGGCAGCUCCAGCACCCCAGCACAAAAGGAAGCAGCACUUCCUGGAGGCCAGGCACCGGCUUGGAGCAGCCUGGGAGCAGUCUGGGCCCCGAGUGUGCCUCCUGCAAAAGACUGUUUUCUCCCUACUUCAAAAAGGAGCCCGUGUACCAGCUUCCCUGUGGCCAUCUUCUGUGCCGACCCUGCCUGGCGGAGAAGCAGCGUGCCCUGCCCAUGACGUGUUCAGCCUGCCAGCGGUCAGUUGCCAGCCAGGAUGUGCUGCGUGUCCACUUUUGAAUGAUGGGUAUUACCUGAGAAGACCUAUUGCUGGGAGUUGAGGGAGAGCAGGAGCAGGGAGAUCACAGCUCCCCCUGAAGUCUGCCAGGCACAGAGAAGCCUCAAGCAGGUCCCUGAGCUGCCUCUUCUUCCCCAGGGGACUUUUCCUUUGUAUCCUCCUACAGUGUAGCGCACAGGCCGGGAGUAGUGGGCCGGGGGCCACUCCACUUCUGCUCAAGUGGCAACAGGAUAACAAAGCCAUAGUUUGGCCUGGGAGGGAUGGACAUGACCCUUCCCUCCUCUGCCAGAGUUCAGGGCCUGCUAAAGCCAGCCCCACCUUGGGCAGGAAGAGGUCCCCAACUGAGGGGCCCCCAAGUUGUCUUCAACACACCCCUAUCCUGCAGGGUGGUUCUGAGUGGAGCACAACAGACCAGUUCAGGCGCUCCAAGAGAGCCAUCCAAAAGUAGACUGGUGAGUCUGUAGAGUGAGUGACCAGCUCCCCGGCUGGCAGCCUGCUCCGAGCCUUAAUAAAGCACUGGUUGAUGUCAGCUGUGCGCGGCCUCUGGUGGCGUGCCCAUGCCCCACCUGCACCCACACGACACGGGCCAGUCACAGGGCAGCUCGAGCAGUUGCUGCCACCCUGGCAGAUUGUAAUUUGGGCCAUCACCCAAAGGGGACAAGAAGUCACAUUAUCAGGUAUGCCGCCUCAGUGGGACAGCUGCCCCACAGGCCUCACGCCGGCCGCUCUGGCCUCUCUGGGCGGCACCUCCUCUGCACAGGCUCAUUUCAGGAAGCCACUUGGGGUAACUUUAUUGUUUUCCCCUUCGGCAUUUAGCUUUAUGGAGACCCAGAGGGAAAGUGUAUUCCUAUAAUCCUGUCUGCUCUGCUUGGACUGUGGUCCCUGGAAGAAUUCAGGGGGAAAGCACACUGCUCCUUGUAUUCCUUCUGAGCACCCUCGGGAAGGAGCAGCUGUGACCCUGUGAAUUUGGUCCUCUGCACCUGUGGAUGGGCCAUGGGCCUCAGGCCACCCAAGACGCCAAGCUUUCUGCUGUCCCCCCCCUACCUGCAGCCCUCCCCUCUGCCUGGGCUUCAUUCUCCCAUGCUUUACAUUUGGGCAGCGGGAACUAGAGUCCUUUCACUGAGAGGAGUGGGCAACUUCCUACAAAUUCAGAUUCUUGCCCAUCCAGAAAUUUAGAUCUGGGGUGGGGAUUAAGGAGUCUGAGUUUUGAGGCGUUCCCAGGGCAUUUGUGUGUCUCCAGAGGUGUCUUCAGUGAGGUGAUUGUGUGCUUCCCCCAACUUCCUGCUGGGGCUUUCCUCCACAUAGCCUCACAGGAGAAUCAGGGCUUGCUCCCAAGGCUCCCGUGCCUUUGGCUUUAUGUGUCUGGGCCAUUCCAGGCUCUUACCCAACCCUCUCUGUUUGCUCUUAGCAAAGUGCUCUGUGGCUAAGCACUGCUGCCGUUGGGGUGGGGGGGAGGUUCCUGCCCUUAGCCUCUGGCCUCAAUGGUAGCCCUCUUUCCACUGGCAGGAGGUUGCCAUCUCUGGAAGGUACCUCCUGCACUACCUGGGGCCCCAGAAACCUGCUGGUGUAGGCAGCCCGCCUCCCCAGGGCCUGGGGUGCCACUGGCUUAGACACAGCAGGGGAGCCUGUGUUGGGGGGAGCCACAUUCACAUCUUUGAAGCUCCCAUCCAAGCCUAUUUUAAAGAUACCUCAGGGAAGUGUUCUUUGGAGCAUCCUUACCAGACACUGAGCAGUGCUGGGCUGUUUCUCUUCCCACGAAAAUGGGAAUAACAUUUCUCUUGCUACCAGCUAGGCCAAGAAGACAAUUUAUUUCUUGCCAGAGCCCAGGGGCUGGCAUAAAGCAGCUAAGUGAAUGUGCUGAGCUGACUCCGCUGACUGAGGAGUCUCAGGACCACAGAGUCCUGAGGUGACCCUGCUGCCCCCAUCCUGGCUUCGCAUCUCCUUAUCAUUUACUGGACACAUGCCUUUUUGAGGCCCUCAGAGAGCAGAGACUGGACCACAGCAUUUGAGACUUUGAGGCAAGGCCCCGGGGGUAUCUCCAAAAUCGUGCUGACCUUGCUCCACGUCCUGGCUGGCCCUCCCUGUGGAGCCAACAACCCCCCCACCCCCAGCCUGGGCCUCUGUUCACAAGUUGCAGGCUGAGUCGUGUUCUUCCUGGUUGCUCUGGCCUCUAGCCCUGGGGUGGGUGGAAGGGAGGCUCACAAGAAGUCUCGAAGGUAGAAGUAGAAGAACCAAAUCGCCAGGAUGAAGAUGAGAAUGUGUUCGGUGCUCACAGCCUGGUUUAGCUCCUGGAAACGCCGAGGGACCCUGUAGUAUCUGGGUCUUGGGGCCUGGUAGACCACCCUAUCCCCACACCUGCCCUUCCUCCUCCUGUGGGCUUCCAGCUUGAGGCGCCCCAGCAGCUGGGUGCUUUUCCAUUCCCCAGGAGGCGGACCUGCUGUGGCCUGGCGGCUGUCAGUAGGUCUGCAAAGGGCCCUGCUCCUGCAGAAAGACACCUGCCAGCUUCCAGGCUGCCGCUCCCCAGCCCCUGGCCAAGGCAUUGUGACACCCAGCUUAGUCAUUGUGAGGGCCAGGGCGGGGUGGGGCUGGCCGCCAGGGUUGCACCCCUCUGCCCUGUUUCCUGUGAGCCCUUUCCCGGCCUGUACCACCUGACUGGCUGUAAGCCUCCUGGCACAGGCAUAGGCAGAAUCUCCUGAUUCUAGGCUGGAAGAGGAGUAGACGGGGCCGGAAAUGCACUGUCCACUGUAACAGCCACUAACCGCAUGUGGCUAUUUAAAUUAAAAGUAAAUAGAAAUUCAGUUGCUCCAUCACAAGUCACAUUUUGGGUGCUUAAUAAUUGCACGUGCUGGUGGCCAUCCAGUUGGACCGCACCAACACGGGACAUGCCCUCCACCCUUGCAGAAACUUCUGUUGGACAGUGCUAGGACAAAACAAGAACUUACUGAGAUGCCGGCCCUUGAUGUUCUUCUCACCUUGGAAGCCUGUCACCUGGGAGUAGGCGUCCAGGUGGGGGUGGGGGCUGGGAGCUGACUACAGUGAAGAGCAGGAUAAUGGGGCAGAGAAUUCAGUAGGGUUUGCUGAAACAUGGCCAUGCUUCCCACUCCAGACCCCUCCAUAGCAGGGCGGAGCCCUGAAUCCCAGGUCCACUAUUACAACGCACAACCUGCCUCACAGAGAGGAGCCGUGACCCAGAAACCACCAGUGGUGUGGGAUGGGGGGAACAAAAGGCAGCUCUGUGGCCAUUGGUAAGUUUCUCCCAUCAAGGUUUGUGCUGAUGAUGGGGUAGUGCGGCCUAUAACUGUACCCUCAGGCAAGGACCACUAACACACUCUUGCCGCUGCCUCCCAGUGCUUCCUGCUAGGAAAAGCGAGAUGAGUGUACACUAUGGUUCUGCUCUCUGCCGUUUCCCUUAAUGUUUCACAGCCACUUAUUUUCUUUUAAUUAGACACUAUUCUUACAAGGCUCAUUUGGAGGAAGAAGCCAGAAUAACCAGGAAAAGCCUGAUUUUACUAGUUGGGAUUGAGGGUGGGAAGAACUAACCUAUAAAUACACAGAUCAAUGACACAGAACUAAAAAUCCAGAAAUGGGCCCAACUGCCUAAGGAAAAUUCUGCGUAUUACCAUAAAGGUGGUGGCACUGUGAACGGUGAGAUGGAGCUUUCAGCUAGUGGUCCUGGCAUCACUGGAAGGUGAAUGGCAAACGAGGGAAUUCCUAUAAACCUGGGAAUGAGGAAAUAUACAAAAGCCAGAUACAGACAAGGAAAAGGUUGGUUAAGAUUGACUACAUAAAAUUCUACAACAGAAAACCUCUUAGGUGAUCAAGACCAAUCACCAUCAGCAAAGUAAAAACAAAUUACAAGAUGGGAAAAUAUAUAUGUGACUUGUAUUACAAAGGUUAACAUCCCUAAGGUGUAGCUUCUAAACAUGAAAUUUAAACAUGUCAAAAAGAUGCCUAACUUUGCCCAUAAUGUGAUGACAAAGAUGGCUUGAAUUGCCUUUCUCUCUUGCCUGUCACCUCAGCCCUGAUGGGCAAGUGUGCCUCAGUCUGUUGGUCAAUUUGUGGGUGACUGGCUCUGUCAUACUCUGCUGAUGAGAAUGUGUGGCCUCUGAUGGGAAGGUGAUGUCCAGUAAGUUAAAUAGGCAUGGAUGCCUCCCAGGUAGCCAUUCUAUUUUAAGGGUUCUAGCCCCCCAAACUGAAAACUUGUGGCCCCACCAGCAAGCAGCCUGAGCAGCAAAGGCUGGUCCUUGGGGCCCCAGGAGCCAUAUCCCUCCAGCAGCACCCAGCAGAUGAGCCCAUAUUGCACGUCCAUGGUUUUGUAUGUUUAUAUAAUCAAGGUUAUAGAGACUUUGAAGGCCGCAUUUGCAUUCAGAAGUUUACGUUUUGAACACUUGGGGUGGUGUUAAGUGCUGUUGCAUGUAUUAUUUAAUCCUUACAACUCUUGCGAGGAGGAGGAAGCUGAGACUCAGAUCCACAAAGAGCUCAUUUUAGUGACUCCAGAGUCGCCAACUCUGGAUGCUCCGUAGGUAGCAGAGUGUGGGAAGGGCAGACUCAGAUUCCCUCUAUCCAGGAUACUGUCACCACGGGAUCUAGAAUCCCACCACUGAGCUGGAGCACUAGAUAAGGUUCAAGGGUACCAGUGACCUUGAUCUUGGGGGGACCACCACUGGAGGGUGAGUGGUCAUGCUGCUAGCCUCUGUGGCUAUCAGUUGAGUGCAGAAGGUACCUGGGAGCAUGAGCGCAGGGCACACGUGCCUGAUGGUGGGCAUCUGGGUGGAGCAUGGUGUGGGCGUGCCUAAUGGGCACACCUGAGCCUGGAGGCUGAUGCUGUAAGGGUGGCGUCACUCAGACAGCUGCGGCAAGGGCUGGAGGGGGCUACAGGAGGGCGACCCACUGCUGGCCAGGGACCACCAGAAGGACGAAGAAGUAGAGAUUUGAGGGGGGUAAGGAGGGGCCGGGGGUCCAGUUACUGUCUCCCUGCCAGCUUGUUUCCCCUAUGGAUUAUGAAAGCCACCUGUGGGGAAGAUCCCACCGGCUCUGGUGUUCUCUUUCACACUGCCUGAACUGACAGGUAAACCAGGUGAGCCUACCUGGCUUGGGAAGAUUGCAAAACCACCAUGGGUUUGUCAACUUGGGCCCAAACCCACGCAAGCCAGAACCAGAGGCACAAAAAGGUGAUUAUGGAUUAGCAAUCCAUGAUCAAAACCACAGCAUUUUGGAAAAUUCAGUAAUACCACACCUUUAGGCUCCCAAGUAAAAGGUGU